AUGGCGCCUUUCCCUCCCCCGCCAGUCAACACCAUUGACUGGUCCAACGUCGGCUUCCGCGUUCGCGAAGUCAAUGGACACGUCGAGUGCCACUACUCGGUCAAGACGGGCAAGUGGACUGCUCCCCAGUUCGUCACGGACCCCUUCAUCCGCAUCCAUGGCAUGGCACCUGCCCUGAACUACGGCCAGCAGGCCUACGAGGGUCUCAAGGCUUUCCGCACCCCCUCGGGCGACAUUCAGAUCUUCCGCCCCGACCGCAACGCAGUCCGCCUGCAGCACUCGGCCUCCUUCAUCAGCUGCCCGCCCGUGCCGACUGACCUGUUCCUCGACGCCGUCAAGGCCGCCGUCGCUCUCAAUGCCGAGUACGUGCCUCCCCACGAGACGGGCGCCGCCAUGUACAUCCGCCCCCAGAUCUACGGCUCCAGCGCCCAGCUCGGCCUGAGCCCGCCCGAGGAGUACAUGUUCUGCGUCUACGUCCUGCCCACUGGUGUCUACCACGGCACCCACCCCGUCGACGGCCUGAUCCUCGACGAGUUUGACCGCGCCGCCCCGAACGGCACCGGUAGCGCCAAGGUUGGAGGCAACUACGCCCCCGUGCUGCGGUGGAGCGACCGCGCCAGGACCGAGGGCUACGGCAUCACCCUUCACCUCGACAGCGCCACCCACUCCGAGGUCGACGAGUUCAGCACGAGCGGUUUCAUUGGUGCCCUGACCGACGGCGAGAAUGUGACUCUUGUUGUACCCGACACCAAGAACGCCAUCCAGAGUGUAACUUCGGAAAGCAUUACUUCUAUCGGCGAGAGCUUUGGCUGGAAAGUCGAGCGCAGACCCAUCAAAUACACGGAGCUCCCUCAAUUCUCUGAGGUCAUGGCUGCAGGAACCGCCGCGGCGCUGGUUCCCAUUCGGUCGAUCUCGCGGCGCUUUGACCCCGCAGCACCGGAUUCCAUCAGCUCGGCCGUCAAGCAGCACCCUCGCUUAUCGACGGAAGGCAAAGUGGAAAAGGUUGCCUACAUCCCAGCCAGCCAGGAGGACGCCGGCCCCAUUUGCGUCAAGCUGCUUACUCAGCUCAAGGGCAUCCAGCUUGGCAAGGUCAAGGACGAGUUCAACUGGUGUGCGGCUGUGAGCGAGGCCGACACGCAAAAGGCCACCGGCGUCCCCAAGGUUACGAAUGGCAACGGCCACACCAUUGAUCAGAUGGAUUAG